GAGGCUCCAUUUUAUAGACAUCUUUCAGUUGAAGUUACGGAGGUUAGCCGCCUCUGAAGUUUUUAAUUAAACGUAGUGAAAUUUAACUUUCUAAAAAUGUCUAACGCGUUUGAUAAAGAAAAUAUUUACGACGCAAUGACGAACGUUCAUAUAAAGUCUCCCGUGAAAAAUGUUUUGGCUCCGCAGAAUGGAAAUGUUGUUGAGUACAAAAUGGAUGUGGAAAAAGAAGAUACGGAUAAAGUAGCGGAAUUUAAUCCCGAAUUGGAACCACUCUUGCGAGAAAAUCCGCGCCGAUUCGUCAUCUUCCCCAUCCAAUAUCCUGAUAUCUGGCAAAUGUACAAAAAGGCUGAAGCUUCAUUCUGGACUGUAGAGGAAGUUGAUUUAUCCAAGGAUUUAUCAGAUUGGGAAAGUUUAAAGGAUUGUGAGAGGCACUUUAUUAAACAUGUUUUGGCAUUUUUUGCUGCUUCUGAUGGUAUAGUUAAUGAGAAUCUAGUAGAGCGAUUUUCACAAGAAGUUCAAAUUGGUGAAGCAAGGUUCUUUUAUGGAUUCCAAAUUGCUAUGGAGAAUGUACACUCUGAGAUGUACUCCUUGCUGAUUGAUACUUACAUUAGGGAUCCUAAAGAAAGAGAUUUCUUGUUCAAUGCUGUUGAAACUUUACCCUGUGUAAAGAAGAAGGCAGACUGGGCACUGCAAUGGAUCGCCAGCAAGACAGCAAACUUUGGUGAAAGGAUAGUUGCCUUUGCUGCUGUGGAGGGCAUCUUCUUUUCUGGAAGCUUUGCGUCAAUAUUCUGGUUGAAGAAGCGUGGCUUAAUGCCUGGUCUGACCUUCAGCAAUGAGCUGAUUUCUAGGGAUGAGGGUUUGCACACGGACUUUGCAUGCCUAAUGUUUAAGUACCUAGUGCAGAAGCCAAGCAAAGAGCGAGUGCUGCAAAUCAUCAAGGAUGCUGUUGUGAUUGAGCAGGAGUUCCUCACAGAUGCAUUGCCCGUGCGGUUGCUCGGCAUGAACUGUGAACUUAUGUCGCAAUACAUUGAGUUUGUUGCUGACAGACUACUUGUAGAUCUGAUCGGAGAGAAGUGCUACAACACAAAGAAUCCAUUUGACUUCAUGAAUCUGAUAUCAUUAGAGGGCAAGACAAACUUCUUUGAGAAGAAAGUGGGAGAGUACCAAAAGUGGGGGGUGAUGUCCAACAGGAUGGAUAAUGUAUUCACAUUAGAUGCGGAGUUUUAAGUUAUUGUAAAUAAGUUUUUAGUUUUGACAGUAUUAUGGAUAACAUUCACAAUUAAUAUAGGCGGUUAAUUAUCCAAAAGUAAUACAUCUGAAACUUUUUAAACAUGUACAAAAUGUUGCAUUUUACAGCAUCUUUCCUCUUUGAACUAGAAAAAUAACAUUUUCCUAUUUGGUAGGUCUGUUAUAGAAUUAUCUGUCUGUCUGUGCAAUCAUCCAAAAGUUGUAGCUUACAGGAAAGAUGAAAGCUCUAAGAAAAGUAGUUUAGUACUAAAAUUAGAACAAGGCUUGUUGGCCAUUUAUUUUUGAGCCCAGUGUUGCAUGAAGCUUAGAAUAUUUAUAAACAUAAUAUAUAAGAAAUAUUUUAGGUAUUACACUUUUUGACAGUAGCACUGGAUGUGCUCAUAAUUUUCUAUGUAUUUUUAAUUUAAAUUAUGAAUAGUUUAAUUAUAUUACUUAAGAGAUUGUUUGAUGAGUGUCAAACAGUGAUUUGAACUGAUCCUAUGAUAAGAUAGUUAAUGAGUAUUGUAUUGUGUUUAAAGUGUAAUGAUGAAAUCAUUGAGAAUUUAAUGAUGGUGUAUCAUU